ACUGUGUGAAGAUGUACCCCAUAAAACAAAGUAAAUAUGAUAAAUAUGAUGUAAACGAAACACAAAUAGCAACUUUCUGUAGUACACAACUUGUUUAUUGCUUGUAUGGCUUGCUUGACAAUUUUAAUACUGUAUAUGAAACUGCUCAGAGGGUCUCCCAGCAGCACAGGGAGAGUUAACUCCAUGAUGACAUCACUGCACUACCCACUGCCUCCAUCCUGCCCCGCCCAUCCACACUCUCCAUCUCCAUCCCCAGGGUCCCUCCCCCGACCCUCCUCCGCCUACCCCCCCUCCCCACUCCAUUGUAGAGAGAAAGGAGUGUCUCAGAAUGGGCCACUCUCGCUGGGGCUCUCAACCUCUUGGCAUGAUCUGACCCCUCUUGCCACUGUCCUGCUGAAAGACAGACUUCACACACUGAGGACGACCGGAUAAGAGACCAGAGAGGAAGCAGACUGGUACUCUCUCUCACUCUCUCUCUCUCUCUCUCUCUCUGUUCUCUACAUCUCUAUACCUCCUGCACCACCUCUGAGCGGCAAACAUGGAGAUCCCCAUCGGCGUCCGCUCCCCUCAGAGCUACACGUGCCUGGGCCAGGAGAAGCACCAGAUGCUGGACCUGAACAGGCGCCUGGAGUCCUACCUGGGCCGGGUCCAGUACCUGGAGAUGGAGAACCACGUCCUGCGCGAGGAGAUCCAGACGCUGAGGAGCGGCCAGGAGCCGCGGGCGCAGCAGCGGAGGGCCCUGGAGGCGGCGCUGCAGGAGGCCAGGGAGGAGCUGCAGCGCGCCUGGACGGAGAAGGACAAGCUGGACGUGCAGAUGGGCAACCUGAGCGAGGAGCUGCAGGCGGUGGAGCGCCGGAGGCGGAAGGUGGCGGGCGAGCGCGCCGAGGCCCAGGGCCGCCUGGCCGAGAGUCGGAGGGCGCUGGAGGAGGAGCGGCGGGCGCAGAUCUGGCUCCGGGACGCGGCCGCCCGGCUGGAGAACGAGCUGCACUUCCAGACGCAGGUGCACCAGGAGGACGUCUCGGCCGCGGAGGCGUCACUGGCGCAGCCCAGGCCUUCGCAGCUGGCCCCAGCGCACGCCCACGGCAACACCCCGAGCGUGUGCGACCUGGGGCUGGAGUACUCGCAGAAGGCGGCCCAGGCGUGGAGAGAGGCGUCGGAGGCGUACGAGAGGCAGGCCGGGCGGCUGGAGGAGUCCCUGGGCCAGGCCAAGGCCCGUCUGAGCCACAUCACACAGGAGAGGAGGGAGAACCAGAUGAAGCUCCAGAGCCUCACCAAGGACCUGGAGGCUGCCCGCGCCAAGAAAGACAUGCUGGAGAGGAGAGUGACCCAUCAGAGUGACAGGCAGAGCCAGGAGAUCAUUCAGCUCCAGGUCCAUGUGGAAGCGCUGGAGGAGGAGAAGACGAGCCUCGGGGCACAGAUUGAUGACCUCAUCAUGGAGAGCCGGACCCUGCUGCAGCUGAAGAUGUCUUUGGGGCUGGAGGUUGCCACUUACAGAACUUUAUUGGAUGGUGAGAACCAGCGAGUCAAUGACCCUUCCAGAAAUAAACACGCCAUCCAGACAGUCUUCUGCACAGAUGGAUUCCCGAGUCCUCAGGAGUUGAAGCAGACACUUCCAAAAACUACUUUCUCCAGUCACACAAGCAAACCUUCCACUUCAGUCAUGAGAUCAAGCCUGCAACCUAAACCCCUGCUGACAUCAAGCACACAUCUCUCAACCCCAAACUGUAUUCGUUCUGCAGCCCUUGACCAUUCCCCAGCUGCGCAGGAGGAGCAGGAGUGCAGAGCAGAGGACUGGUCCACGCUUAACACAGCCACCGAGGGGCUAAAUGGCAAGGACUCUGUAGAUCACUUCAGGCCUGAGGAGGUGUGUGAGGAGGUGAGGUAUGCUGCAGCUUUCUCGGCUGCCUCUGCCACACCAAACACCCUUCCCAUGGAAGAGUCCUUUGAGAGGGAUAUGACUGAGGAGACAACUGGGGUUAAAGAUCGAGAGGUAGUCUCUGACAGCCUUGUCGCAGAUGACAGUAUAAUGUGUGAUGAGAUGGUUCACUCUACAAUGGCUGUCUAUAACAGUGGUGUGCUCCAGGAUUUCAGUGCACAGAGAGUGGAUAUGCACAACACAACACCAGCAACUGAACUGAGCACUGUUGAUGCAUGUGACACAGAAGGUGAGAUGACUGAUGACUUCUCUGAGUGGAUUCAGUCACAACCUGAGCAGGAACCUCAACUCACAUGGGCAGAAAAAGAUCCAACAACUAAUGUGGAAAGGACCAUGAGGGCGGAGAAACAGACAGAUGUUUCUGGACCAGAAAGAAUGAAUACAGCCACAGAGUAUGGUGACUUUGAUGUGAUGGACGACUCAACUGAGCUGAUCACUGAAGGUUUUGAUCGUGGUGAAACAAUAAGCAAUGGUUUCACAGAUCCAGAGGAGAAUAACUGCUUCUUCGACCCAGAAAGAGAGACCAAUAUGAGUCAGGCUUUGUCAGUAGAGAACAUGGCCGAUGAAAGUGAACAAAUAAAUGCAUUAGAAUGUAAGGCACAGGAAACAAAGAAUGUAUUUGAAGAAGGCCAAGCUAAUGACUUGUUACAGCAAGAGAAAGAAAUGCAGGAGGAAAAAGUUGAAGAAGAACUGAGGAGUUUUGAGGAUGAGAAAGAUACAAUGUUUACUGACAGCAAAAUAAUGGAAGGAGACAUGGAAGAGAAAUGUAGAGAUACAGAACAAUACCAGCCAACAGAAAGAGGCUUUGAAGAGGAUGUAGUUUCUAUCCCACAUCACAACUUCACCAUGGAUUCUGAAGUAGAUCCACUGCUCACACAUGAUGAGCAGGAGCAAACCAGCCACAGUGAAGAGCACCCAGAUCUACAUGAUGGCUGUCAUGAGAGAGAGGAGGUGGAGAAGGAGGAGGACUUCAGUGAGAGAGAGAACGUUGAGGAGAAGGAGGACUGCAGUGAGAAAGAGGACGUUGAGGAGAAGGAGGACUUCAGUGAGAAAGAGGAGGUGGAGGAGGAGAAGGACUUCAGUGAGAAAGAGGAGGUGGAGGAGGAGAAGGACUUCAGUGAGAGAGAGGAGGUGGAGGAGGAGAAGGACUUCAGUGAGAGAGGGGAGAAAGAUGGUGAGGAACUAGACGACUCUCCAAAUGUGUCCAUGUCAUGGAAGACAGACCCAGGAGAGUUGGACAGUUACGCUCUGGACAACACGCUCGCCGACACUCGACCCCUCAUCCGGUACAAAAGCGAUGACACAGACGUGAACACCCAGGCCUCCCACAUGGGUGUGAGUGACUCCAGCGACAGCGAAGAUGAGCGCCAGGCAGGGGCUGAAUACCGGGGGGUCACCAAGUCCAAAAGGUUUGACACCAUGGAGGACUUGUCUGAGGAGCCAGAGGGAGAGGUCAUGGGUGAGGUGGGGAUCAAUGAGCCCCCUCCUGCGACCAAUGCUCUCUCAGAAAACCACUACAUGGCUCUCCAAGAAGAAUAUGGCGAUGCUAACUACGAUAGCACGAUUGUUGCCCCAAUUAUGAAGCUGGAUGAGGAGAAGACUGAAAUGGGAGAGGAUCAUUCGAGGGGUGAUGUCAUCGAGGCAGAUGAAGCACUACAAAACUUUGAGGUCACAGGGAGGGAGGACGAGGAGAAACAGGAGGAGAUAGACUUGAUGCACAAGGAGCAGGCUGAGGACACCCAAGCAAACACUUUACCUGAGGACUUCCCAGAAGACACUAUGGAGAGAUUGCUUGACAUGCAGCCUCAAACUGAACAGUUUUUAAAGGAAGAAGUUGUCAUUGAGACUUUUAGUCAGGGAGAGACAACUGAUGACCUGCCAAAACCUGAAGACCCCAUAACACAGUCCUCUGCCUUUGUUGAGCCACUUGCACUAACUGAAAAUAUAUUUUGUACAUCACAUGAAGCAGCAGCAUUUUCAACUAAACCCUCAGAGGACAUAUUUACAGAAGAGAUCACUGAGAGCCUGGUUGACAUUCCUUCUGAAACUGAACAGUUUUUAAAGAAAGAUAUUGUAACUGAGACUGUUAGUCAGGCAGAGACAGCUGACCUACCAAAACCCGAAGACCCCAAAACACAGUCCUCUGCCUUUGUUGAGCCUUUUGCACUAACUGGAAACACAUUUUGUACAUCACAUGAGGCAGCAGAAUUUGAAACCAAACCCUCAGAGGGCAGUUUUACAGAAAAGACUAUGGAAAGUCUGGUUGACAUGCUCCCUCAAACUGAACAGUUUUUAAAGGAAGAAGUUGUCACUGAGAUUGUUAGUCAGGGAGAGACAACUGAUGACCUGCCAACACAUUCUUCUCCUUAUUUUGAGCCACUUGCACUAACUCAAAAUAUCUUUGGUGCAUUACAUGAUGCAGGAGAAUUUGAAACCAAACCCUCAGAGGGCAGAUUUACAGAGAAAGGACCCAUUUACAACAGCAUGGACAAAACAGAUGAGGAGCAUUGUCAGGAACUCUCUAUGCUGACUCAUGCGGAUGCCACCAACAAUCUCUCCCUGAGCAGUGAGCCUGCCAGCAGGCUGGGAAGCCAGCCUCAAGCUACCCACUCUGAUGUUGAUGAUGAUGAUGAAGAAAAAGAAGACGAAUCCCACUCCUCAGAGGAAGAGUCGCCUAAUGCCAGCCAAUGCCCGUCUCCUGGUGCCUUUGCUAAGCCACCCAAGGCAGAUCUGACACUUGAAGAAGCCUCUGGAAAUCUCUCUGGAGCCCCAUUUGAAGCAUUUGGUGAUGAUUCACUCGGAGUCCCUGAGUGUUUCACAGAGCAAGGCCAUCCCCAUGAGGAUGAGUGGGAGGUUUUGAACAUUUCCUCCAAAAGCCAAGGCGCAGACAACCCAACAGAAUCUGAAUCCUUCAAUCCCUUGGAAGAAAAUGACUCCCCAUUCGCAGGUGCCUACUCCAAGCAAACGGCUGAGUGUGUCAACAUCUUUCAAAACGGCAAAGUAGACGAACCACCUAAAAGCAACGGGAAAGACAACCUCCACAGUUUCUUCAGCACCAACAUGGAGGAAGACUUCUGGGGCUCCACUCAACAGAUGUCGGCCCCCUUUGACCCAGAGGAUGCUAAGCAGGAACAACAUCACAGUGUCACCUUUCAAACCAGUCAGCACCUGAGGUUCGAGGAGGCCUGGGGAUCUCCCAAGGACCAUCAAGAUGUCGAUGAGAGUGCUGAGAAGUCCACGCUCUUGUCUUCAAUGCCAUUAUUCGGGAUGGAGGAAGGACAUUCCCAGAUUAAGGCCGUGCUGGGAAGAGGGGGAGAGCAGGUUGCAGCCACCCAGUCAGACGACUCGGUUGAUGAAGGCGACUCAUGGUCUUCUGGGGAGGAGUAGAAUGAUGGGACUCUAACAGUUUAAUUGAGACCAAUUAUGUUCAUUAUUAUAAUAAUUAAAAGAUACCACUAAAGUAAAAACACAUAAAGGCUAUUCUGUGUUUGAUGUUCUGAUAUGAAUUUAAAGGUGUUUAAAUAAAUAAAUAAAUAAAUAAAAAUGCAAUAGUACCUGAAGGAAGACCAAAGCCACCAAGCAGUGUAAUCUACAACUGUUUGUCUCUCAAGAGUUCUUAACACACCAUGACACUUUCUACAUCCCUGUUUUGAAAGGGAAGGCAGCAACUCGCUAAAUAGAGAGCUGUCUCACUGGACAUGAUUAACGAUUGAAUGCAUCUUUAAUAAUGAUUGUAGCUUUGCAGAAUCUUUGGUUAACACUACAGUAUAACAUUAGCAAAAGCCAGCAUGUUAGACAGCAAAGGUCCUUCUCAAGCUUUCUCAAACGUCUCUAGUUAAACUAAACUAGCUUACAGAAGCUAGCAGGCUAACGGUAGAGAGUACUUUGACAGGUGGCACAUACAGACCAGCUGCUAUUAAUGGUUACAACAAUGGUAUAAUCAGAUAGUACAAUUUUACAAAUUGCACAUCAUCAGAUUCAGCAGCCAUUUCCGGUGUAAUUCGUCAUCGCACUUGCUGCCUCAUUCCCCAGUAAAAGGCGGCCGGUUUUUACCAUUUUGAAGAGAGCCUACAUGACCAAGACUUUAAUCACAAGCAUGAGUUUUGUCAUUGGAAUCUGUUGAUACCACAGUGUGGUUUUACUUGUCCAAUAUUGUACAAAAGACCCAUUAAAUUAAAACCACAAGUCUUCUUUCAGAAUUGAAACUUGAACACUGACAUGUAACUACUGUAAAUGCAAUGAACAAUGAGGUAUUUUGUUGUAAUCCAAAAAAACACCACACAUAGUAGUAGAGCCAGUGUGACACACAAGGAGUGCAUACAGUAGGCUACAUGACUGAUGUAAUGUCUUCACUGCAUCAUAGGAAACACAAUGAGUCACCCCUGAACGCAGUUUCUUCACACUACUAAAUUCCCAAUUAGAGCCAUACCGGGUUAAUGCAAACAAAGAUAUAUUUAGCCACUUAUCUAUGUGUAUUUUCUGUAUUAUUAUGACUAAUUUCCAAACAUAUUGGCACAUUUCAUUGCUGUUCUGCUGCCACCAGCUGUUAUGAUUAAUUAUUUGAAAUGAACUAUCUGGAUAAUAAAAUAAUUGGCAC